UUCCGACCGGAAGCAUUGUAAUCAUUCCGAUCUGAGUACUAGAUUUUUCGUCUUAUAUUACGUGUUUUUUUUCCUAAUUUUUUUUUUAACAAAUACUUCUCUCAUGAAAUCGCACAGAAUUGAAAGUUUUCUGCGAAUCUGCGUUUGUACUUUCUGUAUUUGCGAAUCAAUUGGAGCAUUGAAAUCGUUCAAUUUUUCGAUUUUCUGAUUUUUUUUCAGAAGUCAAUAAUGUGGUGAGUAUUUAUGAUCAUUCAUGUAAAUUUCUUUAAAAAAAUAUUUUGUCUUGCAAUAAGUGAGGAAAAUUGAUGAUCUGAAUUGAUUGAAUAACAGUUUUAAAAAUUGAUAAGUUCGUGCGCUUUCGACAGAGUUCAAAGGUGAACAUGUAGAAUAAUCGUUUUUAUUUAUUUGAAAAUUUACGCAAAUCGUGUAUCUUUGAAAAACUGAUUUCUAGCGAUAUUUUUCAAUGUUAUGUUUAGAAUGAAAUAAAAUGAAGUUAAAUGAUUACGAUUGAUAAGUUUUUUAUGGUGAUCAUUGUCAAUUUCGUAAUGGUCAUGGGCUUGCAAUUUCGAAAUAUCGAUUAGCAAAGGGCAAAUAUAGAGCAAUAAACAAGACAAUUAGUGGUUCCAAAUACGUGGAUAGUGUUUUUAAUAAUCAUGAUAAAAUUUUAAAAUAGCUAUAAAUAAUUAUCCUAUGCAAUACCACAGCAAUUUCUCGCUUGUUGGACGAUGACACGUUAUCUUUAACAUUUCGUCUUUUUUGUUCUCUAAAUUAUCGUACGAGGCAUAAAUAUUGAUCGAAAAUUCAAGAGGGAGCAGACUAAAAGCUUAUUUAUUUAGUAUAUAAUAUACAAUGUGCAUAUAAUAUAUGACAUAUAUUCCUUGAUAUACAUAGCUUAGCUAUCCGUCAAACAAAGCUUUCAAAAAACGUUACAUCAUUUUUUUAAAAAAAGAAUGUAAUUUCCCUCGAUUUUUUCAUUUAAUGAGAAAAACAAACGUUAAAUAAUGUCAAAUAAAUAUAAACGUUGAAAUAUGCGGCAUGUAAAUGGAUGAGGCUGAAACAUCGUGCUACCGAUCCAUCCAGGAUCCCCCAACAUACCCCAGUGGGCCGUCUUUCGAUCGGUCUCGGCCAACGGUAACAGUAAAAAAAUGCACGAAUGAAGUGAGCAAAGAGGCAUCCAGAUAUUGCCCCAAGCGAUAUUCUGAACCCCAGUACGAAACAGGAGGCCGAAGACGCGAAUAAGAGGAGUCAGUUCGAUUCAAUAUCGGUUAGUUUGUCCCUCACGUUCAUCGAUCUCUCUCCACUAGGAUAAAUCAAUUUUUUUUUCUCCCCGCAAUCCAUUACCAGGACUUCCUUCCUCAGAUAGUUUGGGUUCAUUCAACGAAUCCUUACUCGCUGAUGAUCGAUAUCAUGUGGGACUUUAAAUCUAUCAUCAGGAUACUCUUGGCUGGCGGUGUUAUCGUCCAGUUGACCGGACAAUCGGUUGAAGAGAUAAAAAAUUAUACAAGUGGAGAGGAGAGAGGAGAGCAGAUCGAUUCUGGAUUGGAUGAAAAACUUGAGGAGGAAUUUUAUUUAGCUGAGGAGUUUGGAAUAAAGGCGAUGAAUCAACUUUAUGAUAUUGAGGAGCCGAAAUUGUUCUCUAAUGGAGUAUUUUUAGCUGAUGAACAUCCAGCACGGUAUGUUGCAGCAUUCAAUCGUCAAUCAGAGGAAGCAAAAGAUUUGGCUAGGGUCGCAUAUGCAGCGCUGAAAGGCUCGGGAAAACUUGCGGAAAAAUAUGGAAAUAUAACAGAUCCUGUAACAAGUCAACUGGUGAGAGAGGCGACGUUCACCUGGACUCCCCGAAGGGCUGGAUUUCGUGCACGAUGCCCCAGAAAUGAUCGCCCCAAUUGCCCACCAGCGAGUCAAAAAUACCGAACUGCCGACGGAAGUUGCAAUAAUCUGGAGCACUUGUGGUGGGGCUCGGCCAUGUCUACAAUGGAGAGAUUUUUAGAUCCAGUUUAUGGUGAUGGAAUUGAGUCCAUAAGGAGAUCACGAAGAACCGGACGACCAUUGCCAAGUCCACGCGAUAUUUCCGUUUUAAUACAUGAGGAUAGGAAUAUUCCACUGGCUUCAGUCACGCACAUGUUAAUGCAGUGGGGACAGUUCGUCGAUCAUGAUAUCACUGCGGUGGCACAGAGUCGGGGCUUCAACGGCACAUUCCCCCAGUGUUGCCGAAAUCGCGGAGCCGAAUUCCAACCCCCGGAAUUCAUGCAUCCUGAUUGUCUCCCCAUCAUAGUUAACCCACAGGAUCGAUUCUUUGGGAGGCAGGGUGUCAGAUGCUUGGAAUUUGUGAGAAGUGGGCCAGCACCUAGAGAAAAUUGUGGCUUUGGUCCGCGUGAGCAGUUAUCCCAGGUCACAAGUUUCAUUGAUGCAUCAAUGGUUUACAGUAAUAAUGCUGUGCACAGCGAUAGCCUGAGGAUCUUCCGAAACGGUCUCCUCCAGUACGGAAAAAUUCAGUCUCGAAAGCCACUACUUCCAAAAGGUGAGCCAGAUGACCUCUGUCGUGGUGGUUCAUUAUCAACGAAUUGCUUUCGAGCUGGUGAUGCUCGUUUGAGUGAACAACCGGCUCUCACAUCACUCCAUGUAGUUUUUCUCCGACUGCAUAAUAGAAUAGCUACAGAAUUGUCAGCACUGAAUUCCCACUGGAGUGACGAGAAACUGUUUCAGGAAAGUCGUAAAAUAGUUGGUGCACUUCUGCAGCAUGUUACAUACAGAGAAUAUUUGCCCAUUGUCCUCGGGCCGGAAGUUAUGAGGAUUUUCGAUCUUGAGUUGACGACGACUGGAUAUUACAAGGGAUAUGAUGCAACGACCAAUCCUAAUAUAGCAAAUUCCUUCUCCGCAGCGGCUUAUCGAUUUGGACACUCACUGGUUCAGUCCAGCUUUGCACGAUACGAUAGACAUCAUCGUUUGAUAUUUGACAACAUAACAAUUCAUGGAGAAUUCAGCAACAGGGAGGACCUUCAGAGUGUGGGCUCAGUGGAUCGUAUCCUCCUAGGCCUGGUGAAUCAGCCAUCCCAAAGACGUGAUGAAUUCAUAACAGAGGAACUAACAAAUCAUCUCUUUCAAAUCCCAGGUUUUUCAUUCGGCAUGGAUUUAGCAGCAAUAAACAUUCAACGUGGCAGAGACCACGGGCUUCCUCCCUACGUUGACUGGCGUCAACCCUGUGGCUUAUCACCAAUAAAAACCUGGAAAGACCUGGAACGCGUCACAUCAGUAUCAAUAACCCGUAAUUUCCGUAGAAUCUACGAAACAAUCGAGGACAUCGACCUCUACUCAGCUGGUUUAGCAGAGAAACCAGUUGUGGGUGGGCUCGUUGGGCCAACAUUUGCCUGUAUAAUAGCCCAGCAAUUCAGCAAUCUCCGUAAAGGAGAUCGAUUCUGGUACGAAAAUCCUCACCGAGAGAACAGCUUCACCCCCGCCCAACUGGACCAAAUUCGUCGAAUAUCGUUAGCUAAAAUAUUGUGCAAAACUCUAGACAACAUCGACACAGUUCAGCCUUUUGUAUUUUUAACAUCUGACACUCUACGAAACGAAAGACUUUCCUGUAAUGACGAACGACUGGGUCAAUUGAAUCUCCAUCCCUGGGGAGAGGUAAACAAUAAAAAGACCCCCUUGGAUUUGAAAGAACCCUCCAACACUCUGAAUGCAGUCAGUGAUGAUUCAGACAAAAUGAGAAUAAUCCCAAAGGCCAGACCAGGUACCAGUGAACCGAAGAUGUUUCCCUGGCAAAAGCCCAAGCCAGUGAGAACCAACGUCAAUCAGAAAAAUCGUAUAGUCGUAAAACGUCCAUUUUUCUCACAAGACAAUGUAACAAUAGUCGUUCAAAAUCAUGCUGUUAAUUCUCCAGUGUUCGUAACCGACGCUAUUUAUAAUUCUCACGUGGAGGGACUCGAGCCAUUGCCCCCCGAGUCAUCCCCCAGGCCACAAGUCUCAAAGCCCCCAUUAUCACAUUUACCACAAAUUAAUUAUCCUGGAAGCCAUCCUUCAUUAACACAGGUGAAUGAUCAGAGUAAUUAUCCCAUCCCAGAGGUGGAGAAUGGGGGAUUUCCUGAUGUUGCUGGUCCACCCCAUGGAGUCAAUUCUGGUUAUCAGACUGGUGGAGAUAUAUCGCUGGGUGGAAGUAGCUUUGGAUAUCACACGGGUCAUUCCCCAUCAACUUCCAAUGGUUUUGAGUAUUUGGGGACAAGUGGAGGUCUUGGAUCUUACGGAAAUCUGGGACAACAGCAGCAGAUAAACCCUAGUUAUCCGGCUGGAACUAGGCCGUAUGUAUCGUCUUAUACGGGAUAUCAACAUCACGAAAUUAAUCCUGACAAUCCGAAUCCGAGACAAUCCACGUCAACGAGCACUACAUCGCGACCCUACUCUCCCGGUGUUCCAGGAUUGCCGUAUCACAGAUAUGGUUAUCAUCAGUAUCAGACUCCCAAGGACUGGCUGAAACCAAUCUAUCCAGCAGAUGCUGAGGGACCUCAAGGACCAUUACAUCCAGCAUUAAUAUCCAGUGCUAGUUAUGCUAUGAGAGCAAACUGGAAGAGUGGUGGUCAUAAAGAUGAUGAGAGGGAUGUUAAUCACGAUGUACCAAAGCCAUUUGCAAAUUUUUCAAGGUCAGAGAAUAAAGAGGAGGCUAGGAUUACUCCUGAGAAAUAUGGACAUAGGCCCAAUGUCACGAUGAACGUCAGUUACUCGAGUAGUGAUGAGUAUCCAAGACCUUUGAGACGAAGAGUAUGAGUAAUGUAGUUUUAAUUCAUAUUAAUCAUGCUAAUGGGUGCACUUGUACUCCAAUUUAGUUUGAUAUCCUGUUGUCCCAAAAAUAGAGAAUUGUGAGGACCCCGGAGACGAAUUAAGGGGACAAAGAAGGAAGAGAGAGAGAUGAAAUAAAAGUGGUAGUCUGUUCACAUGAGCCACGGUAAAUUUCGACGGGGAUUUAAGGUACAUGCGACAAUUUCUGGUGAGCUUAGCCCAGAGAUCUGAAUGGAAGGCGGAUAAAUAUAAAAGGGUCACUCAAGUCCAAUUAAAACUUCUUUUAAGUUGAACUGUCGAUAUUUAUUAAUAGUUAUCAAUAUUUAUUUUUAAUUAAGCUGCAGUUGGAUACACUGAACUAUGUGGACUAGAUAGUUUUUGUUUUUUUAUUUUAUCUGCGACUUUGGCGCAAUCCUGCGUGAAGCAGAAAUGCACAAAAAAACGAAAAUAUGCUGAAAAAAAGUAAAAAUAUGAAACCCAACUGGAAAGCCAGUAAUGCCUGAUUUAGGUGCAGAGGGGGGAGAGGGGAGGACUCUAAGGGAUUUCCUGAGGGGCUCAAGGAGAAUUUUUUAAAAAUAUCGUUCUCUGAAAAACUAUUAAUUAUUAUUAACCAUUUUUUAAUAUCAAUAGUCUUACUCCCUAAUGUGUAGAACCCUGGGAAUUAGAAAACUUUUCGUGAGGUGUAUUAGUUGUUACUUUA